CAGUAACAAGCCCCCUUAUCUGUUUCUCUGCUCAUAGGUUCUGUUAGUGGACGAUGAUGCUACUGUCAGGAGAGUUGUAGCUGCUGCUGACGGAGUUUUGGAGUGCCUCACUGAGCUUGGCUCCGCCUCAGACAUCAAGUCUCUACUUAAAUCGUUCCAGGUGUUUUCGGAGGCUCUGCUUCUCCUUAACAGUCUGACAGUGGAGAGAGCAAAUGCCUUAAAGGACCCCAGACAAAUGAAACAGCUUCUUGAUUCUUUGGAGACCCUGAGAAAGUGCAUCUCCAUGCUGCACACAGCCCUGUGCACAACCAUCAAACACCCUACCAGCGAGCAGGCACAGGGAGCAAAGAGGUACAUUCUAGACAAGGUGCAGAGUACUGUGAGUGACAUUAUUAUAACCCUGAAAAGUGAAUGCCAUGGUGAAUCACUGGGUCCUUGUGGGUUUUACACAGGGAGGAAGAACAGUCUGUUGCAACUACUUGCUAGUUCCCCCACCUCCUCAAUCCGAGGCAGUGGCUUCGACAGCCUGGUGAGGGAUCUUGUGUUUCACUGCAUGGUUGUGGCCAACUCUUCUCGUAGAGAGUUUCAACAAAGAGUGGUGGGUCAUUGUCGUCACAUCCUGCAGUUCUGGUCGGACAUAAAAAUGAUUUUAAAGUCCUCAGAGGAUGACUCUGAGCAGGGCCUUGAGAAGACCUGCACUCUGUUGGUGCAGCAAAUCCAAAUGCUUGACAAAGCUUUGAUGACUUCUGUACUUUAUCAAGUCUUGGAUACAUUUCUGACAGCAUCAUCUAUGGUUGAGGAACUUUUAAGUGUGAUGAGACAGCUCCUGGUUGCAAAUUCUUCUACAGAAAUGGAUCUGAACUUAAUUCAGCCACUAGUUGAGGACUUCAUAUCUUUCACUGAUAGAAUAAUCCAAGUGGCUAAUUUUAUCUCUGCUGUGGCUGUUGAUGCGAAAAGUUUCGAGAAUGUGGAGAACUCACGAGUAUGCCUCACAAGACUGAGAGCUCGCAUCGCAGCUCUUUCACUGGAGCUGGCAGAUAAUUCAAUGCAAACUGUCCAAAAGCUUCAUGAGGUGUGUCAACAAUGGGAGGAGGAGACUGGUCAGCUUCAGGAGGCUCUCAGUGAUGUAAUGGAUGUGAGGGAGUUCACCAGUCUCGCUAUUGACGAGGUGGUCAAUGAUCAGCAUGGAUGUGACGCAGCAUAUAGAGAACAAAACUACAAACUGUUUAACCAACAUGCAACAAACCUUAUUUGUCACAUGAAGCUGGUGGUUCACUCAGUGAGGAGGCACUUGGACAGAAGUGAUGACCCCAUCUACAGGAAUGGACUCCUGGUCCUGCUGAAAAAGGUACAAUCAUCUCGAACCAAAGUGGGCGAGUCAGUCAGAGACAUGCUUUUCGGUUCCACUCUAAAUGUGGAGGUAUAUUCUACUUUUACAGAUAAUGUUUCCAUGGCUAUUCAGCACUUCAAAGUGCUCAGAAAGGGGCUGGAUGGCCAACAGCAUCCACAUCUCCUGAGCCCGCUACGAGAGGAGGCCCGUCACCCUGAAAUCUCACCUUCAUGUCUACCAGUCAUAGACACCUGUGAACUGAACCUGGCUCAAAGAGGCUCUCCUGUUUUGAAGGUUAUGAAGAAGGAUUCCCAAACUGAACAAGAGGUGGAGCACUCAGAUGAGGAAACCUCAGAAGCAGAAAUGGCUCAUAAAUAUGACAUCAAUGAUUUAAAGCUCCCAGCUGUCUCUGAUGAGCCAAAACUGAUUUACAAGCCUCUUGAAAUUGACCUUUUACCCCUCCUGUAUAAAGUUGUGACUGUGACUAAAGGGAAAGAUGUGACAGAACUGAACCGGGCCUGCACUGGUGUUCUUGAGAUGUCCAACUGUUACGCCCAAGCCGCAAAGGAAGCCUUGGCCAUUGUUGAUGCGGUCGAUUGUCAGACGUUGGAAAGUUUUAGAGCAGAGCUUGUGUCACUGACUCCGCUGCUCGUCCAGACAGCUCAAGAGACGGCAAUGAGCUCAGCGAUGAGCACGGAGCGCAUCUACAAACACAGCACACAGUUUACUGACCUUAUUAACAACACCCGAAAGGUUUUACUGCCAGUAGCUGGAACAUGGUAUCAUACUGUUUACACUGAACUGCAAAGAAAUCUGCCAACAAUGGCCACUGUUACACAGCAACUGAAUGAAGUGAUGACUUUAUGUGCCGACGUGGUCCAGCUCUUAACAUCGUCUGAUUUAACAAUGCAAAGUGACCGUCAAGAAACAUUCAGCAUUUUACACAACAAGCUGAACAAAGCCCAGAACAACACAAAGUAUCUGGUGGACUUUUCCACCUCAUUGAAAGGACAGGUAGACCAAUUGGAGGGACACUGCAUCCUCUGGGGUCUGUCUAUUCAGAUUUUGCUGAACUCACUUGAUAAGAUUUUGGGAACAUCAACUGCAAUGAACCAGUUGAGCCCUCAGAAACAGCUAUCAGUGUUGUCUGAGAACUCGCUUCGAAUUCAAGAGGCAGCAAGGCUAACCAGCCUGAAUUGUAAAAGUGCAUACAAAUCAAAACAGUUAAUAGGAUACCAGGAUGAACUAAAAACCCUGACUGAAGCUUAUCUUAAAGCUGCCGAAGAGCUCAACAUAACGCUUGGUGUGAUGCAACUUGCAAAAUCAGAAUUCUUUCAGAGACGUCUUUUGAUUAAAAUGAGGGUACUUUCUGGGCAUUUAAGCAAAGCAAAUAAGGAUUAUGGCACAGCACUUCAAAAUAUCAUCAGCAUUGCUUAUUUUGCUGCUGAACACUUCAGGAAGAACAACACAGACGACGCCGAGCAAAAAUUUGACAAUGCAGCUCAAACACUUUUUGAAAGUGUAAAACCUGCAACCAAACAAGUUGAGGACUGCUUACACUUCAUCCGUGACCCGCGUGCCCGUUCUAACCUGAGGUCUAUCAACGAGCACCUGUCUUUUCAGAUCUCAGAUAUAAUCAGCAGGGCGAGGCUCAUGAUAGAGACUCACUACAUUUGUGACACACUCAGUCUGGAUGUGCAGGUACAGUGCUGGUCAGCCAAAGCUCACUAUGUAGUGGAGGAGAUCCGGAAGCAGGAUGGGAUUCACCUAGAGGCUAAAGAGCACAUCAUGGCUGGUCUCCAGGGCAGAAUACCUGAUGAUAUCAAAGAAGUGUUAGCUACAGUCCCAUCUAAUGUCAAAGAAGUGGAAUUUCCCAAGGCAAUGACACCUUGGCAGAAAGGCAACACAGAUGCUGCAGAACUAAAUGUGAACAUGGCACCUGUUGCCAAAUAUGGACCUGGAAAUUUGGAAAAAUAUGAUGGUGUCCGGUCUUGCGCAUACAGAGAGGCUCCUUCGCUGACCUACACUUCCCUUUUUUUAAAGCAAGAAAGUGACAGCUGGGAUCCGCAGGACAACCGAAUUGUCCAGGUGACCAGGAAGAUGGCUGACACACUAUGUUACAUGACUCAGUACUUGAGGAAGAGAGGCCCAAUACCGAAUAAAGAGGCAUUUGUCAAUGCAGCCAAAGAUGUUAUUGCAAACUGCCAGUCAGUAACUCAGUUUAUCAGAGUUAUUGCCAACCAUUGCCUGGAUAAACAGUGUACGGUUGAACUCUCCCUCAUAGUGGAGCAGAUUCUCACCAUCACCAACCAGCUCAACAUCAUCUCCAGUGUCAAUGCUGUAACACCUGGGUGCAAAUCAUCUGAUGAGAUCCUGGUGAAGAACACACAAAAUCUACUCCAGACAGUCUUGCGUGGGGUCCACGCUGCAGAGACAGCCUGCAUUACAGUAAAUCUAACAUCAAAGACAAAUCUGUAAUGAUAUGAGGUCUUCUCCAUCAUGUACUAGAGAUAUGAUACAGCUUAA